AUGGAUGUGUUACAAGCAAUCUAUUUUACUAUUCAAAAUUCUUUAGAAGAUUUUUGCCAAACCACAGAUCCUAUUAUCAAUGAUAUUGCCAAUACACUUGAAUCUCUUGAUCUUCCUGACCCUAUGAAUAUUGAAGAGUACCUUGCAAUUUCUGAAAAAAAUAUCGUUUAUGAAGUUCCCCCGAUAAUCAAGUUAUUAUAG